AUGAACGCUUCGAAAACCUCCACUAAAACUUCAAAAAAAGUUACCAAGACGAAAAUCACACCUAAAAAACCUCGUAAACAACAAGCGUCUAACACGACACCAAAAUCAGCUGUUGAAGAAGAUAUGGUCUCGCCAAGCAAAGCCAAAACACAAAAAGAUAAAACAGUUGAAGAAAUAUAUCAAAAAAAAUCUCCAGUAGAAAACGUCCUGAUGAGACACGAUUUUUAUGUUGGCUCCCUUGAAUAUUUAAAAGAAAAGAGAUGGGUUUUUGAUUCUGAAUCACAUAAGCUUGUUUACAGAGAAAUUACCUACGUACCUGGGUUGUAUAAAAUAGUGGAUGAAAUCUUGUUAAAUGCUGUUGACAACAAGGUUCGAGACCAAAAAAUGAAUCUUAUUAAAGUUGAUAUUGACAAAAAAGGAGGUCAAAUUUCCAUCCUUAAUAACGGAAAAGGAAUACCUAUAAAAAUGCAUAAGAACCAAGAAGUCUAUAUACCUCAACUUAUCUUUUCGCAACUUUUUACAUCUUCAAAUUUUGAUAAUAAGGAAAAUAAUGUUUCCGGUGGACGUAAUGGCAUCGGUGCUAAAUUAACGAACAUAUACAGUACGGAAUUCAUAGUGGAAACAAUUUCAAAUGGCAAGAAAUAUCGCCAAACUUUCCGAAACAAUAUGACUGUAAUCGAACUACCAAUUAUUACCUCUUGUUCUAAAGGUGAUGGUGAAUACACAUUGGUCACCUUCAAACCUGACUUUCAAAAGUUUAACAUGAAUCGGUUAGAUGAUGACAUUAUUGCCCUUUUAAAAAAGCGUGUAUACGACAUCGCUAGUUGUGUUGAUGAAGUUCAAGUAAUCACUGCUAUUUCGAAAUUGGAAGAAGUAAACAACGCUAGCGGCAGAUUUGCUAUGGAUUGUAUUACAAAGAUAGCUUCAAAAUCUUUGGAAGUUGCCGAGCUUUCCGAGGUUGAGUGUGAUAUUUAUGGAAUUUUCCCAAUUCAGAGAAAACUUUUAAAUGUACGUGAAGGAUCACACACGAUCAUGAAUAACUCAGAAAAUCAACAAAUAAUUAAAAUCAUUGGACGGAAUCAUGGAAAAAAGUAUACAUCAAAAAGUUGUUUACGGAAAUUCAUCACACCGAUCGUAAAGGGUGAUAAAGAAGUGAAAUUCUUAACCAUACCUGAGCAUGACAAUUUGAAGGAGAAGACCCCUGAUGCUAAAAACAGGAAGAUCAAACUGGUAUCUACUCCUAGUUUCUUGGAACUGAUAAUACCAAGGAAGUUAAACAAUAUUUUAACAAUUUAA